GCGCGGGAAGAUGGGAGCGCGCAUUGCUGAGGCAGUAACGGACUAGCGUGUGGUUCAGAGAUUCUCGCUUGGUGUGGUUUACUGCAAAGUGCUUUUUCACUUCAAAACGGACAUUUAAAAGUUUCCUUUCAAAUUUCCAGGACACACGGGCCUCGUAACACCGAUUCAGAGGACGCAAGAGACGUGUGGAUACAUAACUAAAAGAGAUGUGGAUUCUUUCAUUCGGUGUGUUCUGAAUCUCAGCGCACACACCAAGUCAUGUCUGAGAAGGAGGUUCACAGCGAUUCAGGACCGGCACCUGGGCAGAUCUACGUGGAGGUCGAGUAUGAUUACGAGUACAAAGCCAAAGACAGGCUCAUCUCCAUCCACCAGGGCGAGUGCUACAUGCUGGUAAAGAAAACCAACUCGGACUGGUGGCAGGUGCGACGGGAGGACGGCACCAAAGCCUUUUACGUGCCAGCGCAGUACGUGCGCGAGGUACGACGGGCCGUCUUGCCUCCACCCAAACCUCGUGCCAAGCCCCCUAACGUCCUGCCCAUCGUCCUUCCCAACGAGAACGUUCAGCAGCGAGCGCCACCGGACAUGGUCAGCUUCGGACGGCCACCCCCUUCCUGCACGCCGUCUCCGUUACCGGAGCAACACACUCCACCUUUACUGCUGAGGGACACCAAUCAAAACGCAGGCAUGAAGGACGUGCUGGCGGAGCUUGCUCUGCUCAACAACAACAACCAUCACAACCAUCACCAUGGAAACACAACGGCGCUCUCACGUACCAGGCCCGAGUCGCCAUCCAAGGAGCCGCCAGGUUGCCGGAGAAAACCUUUAGGAGUGUUGUUGUUGGACGCAGAUGGAUCAUUGCCGGGAAACAGCUCCGAGACCUUGCGUAACGACUCGGAAUCGGGAGACGAGCUGAGCAGCAGCUCCACAGAGCACGUGCAGACGUUGUCACCCACUGGCCAUGGUCGUUCAGAAUCUCCAGUCUACACCAACCUACGAGAGCUGAAGAUCUCCCAGUCCUCUCUACCUCCUGUCCCCUCAUCCUCUCCCCUGCAUGUAGCAGGAGACUGGGAGACGCAUAAGGACCUGAGCGGAAGACAUUUCUAUUACAACCGCAGCACUCAGGAGAGGACGUGGAAGCCACCGCGCUCACGAGACAACACCGGGGGCAGCCGAGGAGACGCGUCUAACACCACUGACAUGGAGCCUCUGUCCUCUGAAGAGAACUGCCCGAGCACACACUCGAGUCAGUCAGACAGUCAGUAUGGAUCGCCCCCCAGAGGCUGGUCUGAGGAACUGGAUGAACACGGCCAUACACUUUAUGUGUGUGAAUACAACAAUGAGAAGUGGAUAAAGCAUGUGGAUGAACAAGGCAGGCCGUACUACUACAGCGUAGAUGGAUCCCGCUCUGAGUGGGAGCUUCCUAAGUACAGUCUUCCUUCUCCAAACUCCAUUGACAUUCCUAAAAGUCGCAGUUUGGAAAGAAAGCUGCCCGAACCUAUUGUUCUGACGAAGUGGAGAUACAGUACAUGUGUUCUAGACCUCAGCGAGAAGCCCUCAGAAAAGUGUGGAGUUCUUAAUGUGACCAAGAUCACUGAGAAUGGAAAGAAAGUCAGAAAGAACUGGACAUCAUCUUGGACGGUUUUACAGGGUUCAACGCUGCUCUUCGCUAAGGGGCAAACCAGUGGAACCAGCUGGUCGUUCUACCGCAAUGGCUCCUUCCCUGAGCUCCUCCUCUCGUUGCUAAGCAACUGGAAGCGUUCAGUUAAGCCCCGCCCUGCGGUCUCCUAUAAGCAUAUCGGGCCUUCCUCUUUUGGAGGAAACCAGUCAAAACCAGAGUUCACUGUUGACCUACGAGGCAGUUCAGUAGAGUGGGCUUCCAGGGAAAAGUCCAGCAAGAAACAUGUCAUUGAGAUAAAGACCCGACAGGGCACAGAGCUGCUGAUUCAGUCAGAGAUCGACAGCGUCAUCUAUGACUGGUACAGAGCUCUUACUGAGGUCAUCACUACACACGCAUGGGAGUCAGACGAGGCAAUUGAAGAGGACAUGCCAGAGUCUCCUGGUACUGAGAAACAAGACAAAGAAAAAGAGCAUCGAGAUUUCAAGAAAAGUAAAGGUAUGAAGAGUUCUGCCAGUAUGGAAUCAACAGAACAGAAAAAGACCAGGGUCAAACUUAAGAAAUUCCUUACACGAAGACCCACCUUACAGGCUGUCAGAGACAAAGGCUACAUCAAAGAUCAGGUGUUUGCCUGCAGUUUAACAAGUCUCUGUUCCGGGGAGAAUACCUUGGUACCAAAUUUUGUCAGAAUGUGUAUUGAACAUGUGGAGAACACAGGUCUAAAUGUUGACGGAUUGUACAGAGUCAGUGGCAAUUUGGCUGUCAUUCAGAAACUACGUUUUGCUAUUAAUCAUGAUGAGAAGGUAGAUCUAGCAGAUAGCAAAUGGGAAGAUAUCCACGUGAUCACUGGUGCUCUGAAGAUGUUUUUCCGGGAGCUUCCUGAGCCUCUCUUCACCUACAACUCCUUCAAUGACUUUGUUAAUGCCAUCAAAAACUCAGACUACAAGCAGCGAGUCCAGGCCAUAAAAGAUUUAAUUAAGCAGCUACCAAAGCCGCAUCAGGAAACAAUGCAAGUCCUGUUCAGACACCUGAAAAGAGUAAUAGAUCACGGUGAGGCGAACAGGAUGACUACCCAGAGCGUGGCCAUUGUGUUCGGCCCGACACUCCUACGACCCGAGACCGAGACAGGCAACAUGGCUGUCCACAUGGUCUACCAGAACCAGAUAGUAGAACUGAUUCUUUUGGAAUUUGAGAACAUCUUUGGCAGGUAGAGCCUUUGUAGAGUGUACAUCUCUCAUCUUCAUGUUCACAAUAGGGUCCAAAGAAGAUCAUGCCAAAAUAUGACCACUGCACAAUCCAUCACUUAAAAGCAGAGGCAUGCUUCAUUGCAGCGCAUCGUGCUUAUAGAGAACAUAUGUACACAGCAGAAUGUGCUAGGAUGAGUGGGUGAAAAAAAACGAGUAUAAAAAGGUACCUAUUGCACUUCAUGCUAAUGGACUAUUGAAGCUGUGCUGAUUUUGUUUCUUGGUUUACUUUUCCUCAAAAGGAGCUGCUACUGCUUUAAAUUGUGAAUAAGCUGAAUUGAUAUUUCAAAUGUUCUGAAACAGUAGAUCAUCCUCCUUUUUACUCUCACUGGAAUCUGCACUCGUGUCUUUACCAGUAUGGAUUAGCUGGAGGAAUCGUUUGCGAAUCGUGGGAUGUGAAGUUUUUGAAGUGUAUGUAUAUAGUAAAAUCUGAAGUACAACCGAGACAUAACUGGAGUUACAUUUUAGCCCAGGUUUUGGGCUAUUCUGCACUUGGAACAUUUUUUCUCUUGAAUAAUAUGCAAGCCAUUUCUACACAUGAGUAAUGGCUUAAUGUCAGUAUUAGAUCUGGACACAUUCAAAACCGAGAAGGAUACAGAUUAACAUAGUGUACUGGACUUGUUUUUCAACUGCUCCUCCUUUAGAGCCUAUACUAUCUGCCCUUCUGACUGCAUCCACUGUUCCAUACUUGGACAGUAUGAAAUCUGCCUGCUUUCUUUCUGGAACUGGUUCCUGGAUAACUGACCUCAUCUUAUCCAUCCUAUUGUGACAGCAUUUUAACAGGUUGUGUUUCAGAAUGGCUGUCUGAUCUAUGAGCAACCUUCUGAUCAAAUAACUGGACUGAAGCCGUAUGCUGGCAUAUUUUGUUUGCAUUAAAAAGGGAAUUGGAGAAUUUUUUUAGGGGUGACAAGUUACUUACUCCCCUGUUUUAACAGCAGAAAAAUAUUCUUAGGCUGCCCUAGAUUGUUGAAAUAUUUGCUUUCUUCAGUCCUUUCUUUUCUUUUUAAUUGCUCACUUUCAUUAUACUUUUCUUUUCCACUCUGGUAUUACUGGAAUUUGAAAGAGGAGAUAUUUGCUUCUAGUCCUGCCGCUACUAUUUCAGAUCAAUACAGCUAUUCCUAAUCUACCUUUCACUCUGUCUUUGCAUAUAAAGUACAGGACGGCACAGGAAAACUGUUCAUGAUGAGUUUGUUCUGAAUAUGCUCAGUUACUCUACACAUUAAAAAAAGGUAUUUUUAAUACAAGAUUUCAAAGAUGUAUCAAUUUAAAAACACCUCAAAAGAUAUUUUGAACUGCAAAUGGUUUGAUAUUAUAUUCAUUAAGAUUAAUAAAUAUUACAUAUUAAUAGCUUCAGAAGAAGUGGGGCAUUGCAAUUCAUUGUAAACAGCACAUUUUGAAUGUAAAUCUGAGACUAACUACUGUUUCUGACAUGUCUAAUCGAAUAAAAAGAAAGUCAUGUGCAAAA